CAUCUCUUCCCUUGUUCCUCAGGGUCCAGCUCCACUCAGGUGAGGCUUUUUUUCCCAUUUCUUUACCCCUCUCUCUCUCUCAAUCUAUCUACAGACAUUCACUUUUUCCGCGACUGGUUGAUCAUUCUCCAAUCCUGGUAUAUCACUACGACACUUACAUACCAGCUUUCACAAUGGCUGAAAUUAUGAUGAAGCGACAACUUAACAAGAAAAAGGGUCACGGGUUCUCCAGAAAGUGUGCUUCGCUUGUUAAACAGCAGCGUGCUCGGAUUUACAUUCUUCGUCGCUGUGCUACCAUGCUUGUGUGCUGGUACUUCCAAGGAGAUGAUUAAGUACUUGAAAACCAUAAUCAAUGACAAAUACAUAUAUUACUAGGUCUCUUUUCUCUCGGCAUUAGUCUUUCUUCACCAGUCUCUCAUCAGCUCCUUCUCUCUUCCCUCUCCGGAUUUGAACUUCACUUAACGACGACGA